GGAAGUAAAAAAUGAGCCCCACCCCUUGCAAAAGAAAAUGGCCAGCUCAAUGCAAGACAAAGUUGCACUGAGCUAUUAUGACAGCUUGCUUCGAGAAUCAGAUGUUGCAUUACUAAUAGGAGCCAACUGGAUUAAUGAUAAAAUUAUUGGAUUCUAUUUUGAAUACCUCGAACAUGAAUUGUUUAGUGACAACAGAGAUCAAGUGUGCUUCAUUACUCCUGAUGUUACGCAGUUCAUUAAAAUCUACAAUGGUCCUGAGUUGAGCAUGUUCUUGGAUCCACUGGGCCUGAGUGAUAAGGAUCUGGUGUUAUUAGCCGUCAAUAACAAUGCCUCGAGUGAACACUCUGGUGGAUCUCAUUGGAGCUUAUUAGUGUAUGUAAGAAAAGAAAACACUUUCUACUCAUGGGACUCCUGUCAUUCCUUGAACUUGCUACCCAGCCAGCAAUGUGCUCAGAAAGUUACCCCAUUUCUCAGUGUACCAUCACAACCAGUUUUCAGUGAAGUACCAAGUUGUCCUCAGCAGACCAAUGGCUAUGACUGUGGAGUAUUUGUGCUAUUGUUUGCUGAGUGCUCGUGCUCCGUUCAUCUACGGGAUAGCAGUGCUGACAAAACAUUACAAUCAAUCAACAAUGACAAUUGUGUACAGUUUAGAGUAAGGUGUCUAGAGUUAAUAAAAAAACUAUCGCUUAAUUGAAUUUAAGUAUAUGCUCUAAUCAAAGUGAAAUCGAAUAAAAUACUUAUCUUGUUGCACUGUGUUCAUCAAUUGGUAGGUUCACUAACUCUUGGGGAUUCUCUAGUUGAACCAUAGCUAAGAGUAGUUGUUGAGUGGGAAUUUGAGUUCUUCUCACUCGACAAUGGACUGAUACUAGGAGGUCGAUAUCGAUUCUCUUCUUCUGCUCUCUUAAGCAAUGCUUCUUCCUCUUCAAUGUUGGUGUGGGCCUGGGAAACAUGCAUACUAUUACCACUUGUUAUAUCACUUGUACCAUCUGCCCCAAUGUAUGUCAAUGGACUACUUCUGUCCCUGAUAAGCAUGGGCACAAGCUUCAGAAUAAUUUGCUUCUUGUAGGGCUUGAUCAAAUACCAGAAAACGUAUGUUACCAUAUAAAUCAUUGGAAGAAACACAAGGAUGUACUGAAAAUCGAAAGCAACUGGCGGAGGCGUGGAUGUGUCUGGGUUUGACUGUGACACAGAAUAUAGAUAAAAGCUCAGAGUGUUUAGAAAUCCAAGGUUUGUGAAUAUGAGGAUAUCGAUUGUGUUGAAAAUCUUGUUUUCCUCGUUGUAAGGCUGGCAUACUGCAAUCAGAGUGACCAUUAUAGCACAUGCUAUCUGUUGUACCAGGUAUUGACUAAACCAGGUCGAUGUUACCAUGUAUGAUAUGUUUAUAGCAAGACGGAAUAAAAAAUAAAGACCAGCGAAGAAUCUCAUGUUAUUUUUAUAGCACCCUUGAAAUAUGUCUAAUAGAAUGUGAAUUUUAUCAGAUGGAUAUCGUUUCCAUACACCAUUCACCUUACUUAUGCACCACUCAAACAUUCGCAUUGGCCAAUCAAGUAGAACCAAAGGAGGUGUGACAACAAAAAUCGAGAAGAAAAUGCAAGCAGGAAGAAGGUAGUGUAGCUGAUACGUUGAAUCAUCGUAAGUAAAACUGCCUGCAUAGUAUACGCGAGAAAGUUUAUCUGAUUGUCCGUCUUCAUUUAAUAGACUUUCGGUGUUCAUAAUGUACGAUGAUGUCGUGCUAAAUUUGUUGUAUGAGAGCAGAAUGAAAGUACCAAAUGCAGGUAGUAGCGCCUUGUUCACAUGAAAUUUGCACAUGAAAGUUUGGCGUCUGUUCCUUUGAGGCUGGUAUCUCUUCUUUCCACACCGAGAUUGACAACAUUCCUUGAUCUUGAAACAUAUCAGAACAACUCCAAUCAUAAUAAGUGGAAAUAUAGCUACUACAUAGUCUAACAUUAAAGCAUCAAGUGCAUUUGUUUGCCCUAAGCAAAUAGGUGAAAUAAGCCUUUCAACAAACUGCAAAUUGAAAAUGCCAUAUGGUACCUUGUAGCCUUGCAGAAAGCUACUAGGAAUUGGAAUCUGUCCAUCUGCACUUAAAUCAAAUGCGCUGGCAAUUACCUGGCUGUAGAGAAUGAAUGCAUUUGCAGGAGCACUAGUAAGUCGUAUGUUUAAGAAGAUAAUGGCUGUGAAAACAGCUGUCAAUGGAAUGUACACAGCAGCAAUGUACUUGAUGGUGUUUAUACCUAUAUCUUCAUCCGUACAGUCGAUACAAUCAAAUGUAAAUGUGUUUACUGUCACUGCAAAACCGGGCAAGCAUUCUCCACACAGUGUGCCUGUUCGGUUGCGUGGGCCGCAGACUGCAUGAUCAAGGUCGUCUUCUGAUGAUGUUGGCAACGGAAUUGACGUGUUUUUUGAGCAAAAGCUCGGUGGACAAAAGGAGACAACAUAACGAGUCUCGUUCCGAAUGGAUAUGUUUCCUAUCCAAUUAUCCUCUUUAAGAAAUGCUUUUUGGGUGUUUUUACCACACGUAACAGCUCCAGAGUAGCUGCGUUCUAUGCACACACACUCUUUACCACUCAGUGUGAAUCCCGGAGGACAAGGAAGUAACUUUAUGAACACAUUAACAUGCCAGGAUGUAGGCCCAAUCGAAUCCAGCAAAAGAGUUACCGCUUCGUUUGAGCUUGUCAAGUUUACGUUGCUAUCUCCUCCCCAGAAAUACUGUGCUGUCUGGUUUUUGCUGUAUGAAUCAACUACAACGUUGAAUAUUGUCUGAUUGCCUACAUUCUCCGAAAGGUCAUCUUGUAUGACAAUUGGCAUGUUAAAAUUUUCACCAGGGAAAACAACAUAAGGAUUGUGUUUUUUCUUGGAUGUGUUUACAGCAAUUUGAGAAACAUCGGAGUGUAUUUGUUGUUCACAUGAUGCAGGAAAAUAGUUUGAGUUAUUAUUCCAGCAAAACGCUGUUGUGACAUUACUACUUUGAAUUCUUCCAGACCACGUGCAAGAGAGAAGCGAUGUUGUGUGAAUUGCACUCGGGCGAGUGCCACCCUGAUCAUAAUUUGAAUAAAAAUUGAAGGUGGAAUUCCAUUUUGUAGGACUCAAAAAAACAUUAGUAUGUCGAAUGAAGCAAUUGUCGUAGCUAGCAAGCGUUUUUUUAUUGACUUCCACAUUAUAGAUUGCUCCCCCAUUGAUUCUAGCAUUGUUUUUGGAGAAUAUCAUUAUCGUGUUAUCACUAACUCUAAUGUAGGCAACUCCCAGAAGGCUGAUGGCCGCCCCAUUGCUCCCUUUGUUGUUAGUGAACAUACCACGACAAUUCGUGAAAUCCAGUGAUGUUCCUACUGCAGCAAGAGCAGAUCCUAUAUUACUGUCAAAUGAUACAUUGUGUUUGAAAACCACUGGUACUUGAUUGGUGUAAACUGCACCAAUUCCUAGCGGGUAAGCAUUGUGAAUAAUACCAAGCUUUUCUUGUAGGUAUUUUGUGUAUUCCGCGGUGUUGCGUAUAAAUUGACAAUCACAGAGGACCACUGUGAGCAUAAAACCUUCUGUGACCUGUAAAAAUCUGUCUAUGUUCAAUGCAGAUCCAAGUUUGGCAAUAUUCGUUUCAAAUUCGGUAUUGACAACGUUAAUAGUUCCAAGAUUUUGAUUAUUCUGAACUGUGACAGAUAUGGAAAUUCCUCCACCAUUAAGGGCAGCAUUGUUAGAAAGGUGACAUCCGUCAACUAGCACUUGAUUUCCGAUAGUUUGUGUAUCCAUUUGAAACAGGUAGUACGCAAUACGUAUGCCUCCUCCUCCUGUACCAGAAGUAAUAUCAAAGUAACAUUCAUUUCCCUCUAUUAUUGAUUUCGAUACAAUCACACUGUUGUUUGAAGUGUCAUCAUCAAACUCUACAAAUAGUCCUCCACCCCAAACUGCGAAAUUUUCAGUGAUAUUAGAGUUGCUGAUGUAGACUUUGUUGUUGGUAGCAUUCCCUGUCAUGUAGAUCGACAAACCUCCUCCCCUACCAAAUGCAACAUGGUCAGCUCGAUAUGGAAUCAAGUGUGUGGAUAGUUCAUCAGUCGAUUUUGCUUGAUUUUUAAUAAAUGAGCAAGAGUCGAAUGUGUAUUCAGAAUCUUUGUUCAUGCUUGUAUAAGAAGUAACAUUGUUUUCACAGCUGGUGUCUCCUGGAACACAGUAAGUAAAUUCUAAAUAGAAACCACCCCCACCAUUGCUAGCGUUGUUAUUUGAGAAGAUAGAAUUGACAAAUGAGUUUACUCCAACAGUGUCGUACACCACUACACCAGUGGCAUUCAUACUAUAGCUAACAUUAACUCCAUUCAUUGAGAUGUUUUGACAGGCAUAAAAGUAGAGGGCAACUCGGAAUUGCUGUCUACCAGUGGAAUUGUCGUCAUAAUUUUUGCUAGUGCUGUUUCGAAUAGCUGAACAAUUAAAAAAGGUCACAUUUGUGAAAUUGAUAUUUGUCAUCCUUUCGAAAGCUAAUCCAAUGUUUUCACUACACUGUACAGUAGACACACCCUCAUAUCCAAUAAACGAAAUAGAAUCGAAAUCUUGGAAUGUUGCUACAUUAGAAUUCAAGAAAUGAGUACCGGAACCAGACAAGUGAUACCGGAUUCCAUUUCCACGAUACUUUUGUUGAAGUACCCACUGUAAGCUUUGACACGGGUUGCUAGCACUGUUAGAAAAUGCACAUGUUCUACUGUUGGAGCCAUUUACUGGAUGCACAUAGAUAUCUAAACAAAACGAGUCUUUCAGAAGAAAAACAAGGGUGAUACUUGCUAUGUACACAAGCAUUUUGUCCUGCAUGUAAUAAAUGCACCUGAUAUAUAGUCUUGUAUCAAAACCGUGGUUAUAUUAUAUAAAACUACAUUAUACACCGUACAUGUAUGCAAUCAUAGUAUACAUGUAACUUACAUCAAAAUUGUCGUAUUUCUCUUGAACUGUUUAUUCUAGCCUAGCCAUGUAUAUUUAUUAGCCUCGAUCCCAGGCCGAGUUUUCGCUUUUAUAACGGUUAGGCAAACAACUGGGCCUGGCUAGUUGUCUGCGCAUGCGUCAAUCGUUUGUCAGAUUCUGACAAAUGGAUAUUCUCGUUCACUUUCGUGACAUUUAUAUUCGUGUACUAUCGUGUACUAGAAGUCAGUUCCCGUUUUAUCAUUAUUGGAAUAGAUUGGAAUGGCUCUUAGCUGAAGCUUCUCUCUUCUCUGAAGCUUAUUCUGAAGACUGAACAACAAGGGAAGAGGUAUAAAGCUUUGUCAAGCUUGUUAAGGUCAGAUAUUUUUGUAUGGGCCCUAUGGCCGGCUAUGCUAUCAAGUCUUGUUCAUGUUUGGCAAGAAUGUAGGUAGACUAUAGUUUCAUCAUUAAUAUGGUGGAUCAAGUGAAGAGUGUGAGCUAGAGAACUUGGUGCUGCCAUCAUCAGCUCGUCGACAAUGACACUAUAACCGAGAAAUUUAAUAUGUAUAGAUCUACAUGUAUUUAAAAUGUCUACUUCUCUGUACAGGAGCAAUGGCUAAUAUCCAGCUAUCCCAACAGUGCUCCUCUUGGCUAUACUAACGGACGAGACUGGACAGUUUGAGACACAGGACUGGAGUAUGACCUGCUCAUUCGAGCGUUGCUGGGUAGCUCAGAGACAUCAAGAGAAUCUACAUUUUCUCAAGCAAUGAGUUACGAGUUGGGGCCUAGAAUCAGAGAAGUCCAGCAGCCUGCUAAAUCUUUUUGAAACGUAAUUUGAAGGCAUUCAAUCAUCCUGAAGUUGCCCUGGGUCACUGUAAUUGUGCUGCAGCACAACUGGCAACUCCCCAGGCCUUUGUGAAGCAGCUCCCUAUGUGCAUCUUUUGUGUACUCACUCUGUGCAUUUUCUGUGUACAAAUUUCAAUUAUUGAUUUAUUAAAUAUUUUUGCCGACCACAAAUAUACAAUGAAAAUUUGACGCAUG